AUGAUGAGCGUCGCCCUGGUAUUGGUCACUGCGCUCCUAGUUCUACUCUUGGGCCUGAUGGCCAAAUCGUGGAGCAGGCGUUCCAAUCUGCCUGGACCUCUAUCGAUUCCAUUCUUUGGGGUGGCCGUUUACAUGUGGCGAUUAAAAACAACAGAUAUUAUAGAUUUAAUAAAAGGAUGGUACACAGCAUAUGGAGAAAUAUUUGAAAUUGAAAUACUUGGUACAUCAUAUGUAAUAGUUUCAGAACCAGAAUUGGUGGAGCCAGUACUAACCAAUUCUAUAAAUAUUACUAAGGGUUAUAUCGAGUAUUCAUUCUUCAGGCCUAUGUUUGACGAUGGACUUAUAGUUUCUGAUGGUGACAAGUGGCGAUCGCGGAGGAAAUUACUAACCCCAAGUUUUCACAUUAAGAUUCUGGAAUCAUCAUUACAAAGUAUAAGCCAAAAUGCAGAGGCUCAUGUUUCUAUUUUACUUGCCUAUGAUGGGAAACCGGUUAAAGUAGAUGACAUUAUUUUAAUAACGACUCUUAAAAUACUGUGUGAAACAGCAAUGGGUGUUCAACUGAAUACUAAAGACGAGAAGCAGAAUGAAUACAUAAAAGCUACGAAAAUUUGUCUCGAUGGAGUAGUGGAAAGAUAUCUUCGGAUAUGGCAUUAUCCUGAAUUCAUUUUUCGUCUUUGUAGAGCUGGUAAACUUUUUUUUAAAAAUGUCGAAAUUACUCACAAUUUUGAUAAGCAGGUUAUUGAACAAAGAAAAGCAUUAUUCCAAGCUGAAAAAAAUGGAUCACAGAACAAUGGCCACAAAAAAAAUGAUCGAAGAAAAGCAUUCUUGGAUUUAUUACUGGAGUUAGAAGACUCCCAUCCAGGUUUGUUCACAGAAUCUGAUAUGAUGGAAGAAGUAGACACUUUCAUGAUAGCGGGUCAUCAUACAACUGCAUCAGCUAUGACGUUUGCAUACUUUUUACUAGCCAACCAUCCAGAUGUUCAGGAAAAGGUAUAUGAUGAACAAAUAGGAAUAUUUGGAAAUGACAAAAGAAUACCAACCAUCCAAGAUCUCAACAAAAUGGUUUACUUGGAGAUGGUGAUCAAGGAAACUUUGAGGUUAUAUCCAAUUAUACCACUUUAUUCACGAUUACUGAAUGAAGAUCUGCAAAUAGAUGAAAAUAGAGUCAUCAAAGCUGGUAAAACUGUAGUGGUGUUUACUUACGGAGUUCAUCGUUCAAAAAAACAUUGGAAAAAUCCAGAUGCGUUUAUUCCUGAAAGAUUCGCUCCAGGAACUAAUAGACAUUCAUUUUCUUACAUACCAUUUUCAGCUGGACCAAGAAAUUGCAUAGGACAUAAAUAUGCAAUGAUGGUAUUGAAGACAUUGCUUUCAACGGUAGUGAGGAACUGCUGGCUAGAGCCGGUCACGACUUCAAUAGUUUUGGAAUUUGGCAUUACACUGAAACCUUGUGGGGGUUUGUUGGUCAAAGUUCUUCCCAGGGACAAUACUAAAGCUUCCCAUUCUUAA